CCCCGUGUAGGCAGGGUGAGGUGAACAGUGGACAGUACAGGCAUGCUUUUUUUUUUUUUUUUUUUUUUUUUUUUUUUCUCUUUGCAAGCGGCUCUCACUGAAAACUAAUAAAGCAGAUGCCAGCGCAGCCUCGGAGGACCAUGGGAGGGUGCGCAGGUGAGCCGACGUGAAGCGCAUGGAAGUGUAUCCUUGGACCUAACCCCGCACUCCGGCAGUUCGAGGACAAGAGACAUGUCAGGAGACAGCAUGACAGCUGUGCGCGGAGGAGCCCACUCGAACAAUGCGAGCCCUGCGACACCGAAGGAGAACGGACACACCACCCAGCCUGCGUCCAACUUUCCCCAUCCCUCGCCCGUGAGCGCACCCCACGACGACUCCCCGCUGCGUUCCAGCAGCGAGCUCACCCACACAUGGGUCCACUUCGUGAAGACUUUCGUGAUCAUUUUCCCCAUUUACGCCCUGGGCUAUUUCGAGUUCAGCUUCAGCUGGCUGCUGAUUGGACUUUUUAUCUUUUUCUGCUGGAGGAGAAACGCAGGAGAGAAGCUGAGCCGGCUGAGCCGAGCGCUUGCUUUCUUUGACCAAGAGGAGGAGCGAAGUGCCCAGCAGCGCCUGACCACCUCUGAUUUACCGCCAUGGGUCCAUUUCCCAGAUGUAGAGCGGGUGGAGUGGUUAAACAAGACUGUGAGGCAGAUGUGGCCGUACAUCUGCCAGUUUGUGGAAAAGCUGUUCCGCGAGACCAUCGAGCCGGCGGUCAAGGAGUGCCACGCCCACCUCAGCACCUUCUGCUUCAGCAAGAUCGACAUGGGAAACACACCGCUCCGGAUCAACGGGGUCAAGGUUUAUACAGAAAAUGUGGAUCGGAGGCAGAUCGUCAUGGACCUACAGAUCAGCUUCGUUGGGAACACUGAGAUUGACGUGGACAUUAAACGCUACUACUGCAAAGCUGGGAUCAAGAGCAUCCAGAUCCACGGCGUGUUGAGAGUGGUGAUGGAGCCCUUGCUGGGGGAUGUGCCUCUCGUUGGAGGACUGUCCCUGUUUUUCCUCAAGAAGCCACUCCUAGACAUAAACUGGACCGGCCUCACCAAUAUCCUGGACAUUCCUGGGCUCAACGGCUUCUCUAACAAUGUGAUUCAAGACAUAAUCUACAGUUAUUUGGUUUUACCCAACCGAAUCACUAUCCCUCUGGUUGGAGAGGAGGACCUGGCCAAGCUACGAUUUCCAAUGCCUAAGGGAGUGCUAAGGAUUCACUUCCUCGAGGCUCAGGAUCUGGAAGGGAAGGAUCAAUUUCUGGGUGGACUCAUUAAGGGAAAGUCAGACCCAUAUGGCAUCUUGCAUGUCAGCAACCAAAUGUUCCAUAGCAAGACGAUUAAGGAGAGCCUCCAUCCCAAGUGGAAUGAGGUUUAUGAGGCUCUCGUGUACGAGCCGACUGGUCAACAUCUUGAGAUUGAGCUGUUUGAUGAAGAUCCAGACAAAGACGAUUUCCUUGGAAGCCUCCUGAUUGAUUUGACCAAGGUCUACAAUGAACAGAAAGUUGAUGAGUGGUUUGAACUUGAAGAAGCACCUACAGGGAAACUGCACUUAAAACUGGAGUGGCUGUCUCUGUUUUCCACUCCUGAAAAGCUGGACCAGGUUUUAAGAUGUGUGCGUGCAGACAGAAGCCCAACAAGAGACGGACUCUCGUCAGCGCUGUUGGUGGUCUUUCUGGACUCAGCUAAGAACUUGCCAGGUGUCUUCACAGGCAGCUUAGGCUGUGGAAACUUGAGUGAGAGGAGAGCUUCUGGCCUUAUCUUUUGUGAGAGCGAUACAUCAGAGUGUAGUGCAAAUUUUAGCAACCUGUCAGAUAUCAGCUAUGAUGGCUUAAAGCAAGUCUCAGUCUUUAAGGCCCUGAAGUCGGCCAAGAAGAACAGCAGUGAGCCCAGCCCUUAUGUCCAGUUCACAGUGGGACAAAAAAACCUUGAGAGUAAAGUGCGGUACAAGACCAGGGAGCCUCUGUGGGAGGAUUGCUUCCCUUUCCUCAUCCACAAUCCCACAAGGCAGGACCUCGAAGUGGAGGUAAAGGAUGAUAAGCACAAGUGCACACUGGGUGUCUUACGGGUGCCUUUGAGUAGGCUGCUGUCGGAGGAGGACAUGACGCUGGCUCAGUGCUUUCCUCUGAAAAACUCUGGACCGAGCUCCUCCAUCAAACUAAAGAUGGCCCUGAGGAUCCUGUCACUGGAGAAGCAGAUAUCUUCAGACCUGCCCUCCGCGGUCCAGGUCAGAAAAUCCAGCGUUUCCCAGACGGCCCCGGCCCCCUCCCUGACUCUGUCCGCCUCAGAGUCCCAGCUGCUGGCCGCCACGCCUUCGAAGCCCGUUCGCGCCUCCACCCUCACGCUCCAGGACCCUGACGGCGAGCCGUACUCCGCCAGCCCUCGCCGCAGCGCGCCAAACCUGAGCACCGGUAUGUCCGGCUCCCAGAAAUACCUGCCUCACAAGGAGUCCACCCCCAGCCUGGCGUCGGACAUCUCUCUCCCCAUCGCCACCCUGGAGCUUCAGCAAAGACUUCAUCACCUGCAGAAUGGCUCGGCCCCCGGCCAGUACCCCCUGGGGGAGAUCCAGCUCACUGUUCGGCACAGCUCCCAGAGGAACAAGCUCGUUGUGGUGGUGCACGCUUGCCGAAACCUGAUAGCCUUCACCAAAGACGGCUCGGAUCCCUUCAUUCGCCUGUAUUUGCUGCCUGACAAGAGCCGGUCGGGAAGGAGGAAGACGAGCACGAUGAAGAAGACUCUUAACCCUGUUUAUGAUCAGACGUUUGAGUUCAGUGUCUCCAUGGUGGAGCUGCACAGGAGGAUUCUGGAUGUAGCCGUAAAGAAUGGAAGGAGCAUCCUAUCCAAACACAAAGGCCUUUUGGGAAAGGUGCAGGUAGAUUUAAGUGGAGAUGAUGUAUUAAAAGGAUGCACACAGUGGUAUGAUUUAACUGAAGAUGGUUUCUCGUCCCAAGGAGUGAGAAAAAGUCAAGAAUCCCUCAUCACACAGUGAAACCUCUCAUGCGCUCUAAAAACUGCGAUUUUUGUUCUUUAAACUACAUUAUUAUAGGGUUUAUUUUUCCAUCUAAUUUCAAGGAAGAUUUUUGGCAUCUAAAAGGUUUGAUUUCCUUUUGAGAGUAACGAGUAAAGACAGGCCGUGUGAUAAAGCGGUAAAACAUGCAAACCGCCUCGUUUGCGUUUGCAGGGCUUUAUGGAAACGUUUCAUAUAUUUAUAUAUGAAAACAAGACUUUGUUUUGGGGGUUUUUCAUGGCAUUAUGUUUCCUUAAUGGAAGUUUUGUAGACAUUUUUCCAAAUUCUCAGAAAUUUCUGCGAUGUUUAUGCAGGAAAAAGAAAAUGUGACAAACUCUGUUUUGUUGUUUGUGAAAAUGAACCAAAGGAACAGACAGAAUCCCAAGCAGAAGCCUCAUAAGUAGCACUCCUUUUGUUAUUUAUUGUUGUUUUUUUUUUUUUUUAGUUUCCUUGUCAUGCAGUGUUAUUGACCGUUUACGUCCUAUUGUUCUUUAUGCCUGUAAAGAAAUACAUGGAAUGCACGUAUGCAAAUUUUAUUUAUUUUAGAGGAUUUGUACCAUAUUUGUGAUUCUGAAUUUUGUCGGAGAUGCUGAGAAAAGUGGCAUUUUAGGGCUAUGAACAAGUGCUGCAGACUACAUACGUAUAUAAGAGGAUACUUGAAUAAGGGUUUGAAGAGCAUCAAACCAAAUGUGAGUCACGUAAACAAAGGUCGUUACCUUUUGCGUUUUAUGGUCAGGUUGCUGCAACAUGUUGAGCCGAUGCAUCUUUGGCUAUAUGCUUGUAAAUGUUUCGCCUUGCAAUUGUAACCGUUUGUUGCAACUUUUCAACACAUUUCUUCUGAUCUAUCCUGUGCCUUAAAAACCUGCAAUGUGUUGUUUUUUUGUUUUCCUUCUAAAAUAUUAACAUUUUCAAAUGAUCUGAUGCCUUGUGGCUUUGAAUAAA